AUGGCCUCACAUACUCUUGUAUACGUCCAUAUGUCUCUUGAAUAUGAACCAUAUUUUCAUUGCGGUAGACUGAAAAUGAAAGCAUUAAGCUGAGCAUACCCCCCAACAGACACCAUGAUCUGAUAAUACCAAACUAUAUGAGGCCUUACUUUCUGGGAGAGAGAACAUCGUUAUUCGCAAAUCCAAUCAAAUAAUAUUUCUCCGGCUAUUAUAUGUACGGGGAAAUCUGUUGCAUCGUAUUGACCCCCAAAAAAAUUCCAGUAAAGCGUAGAGGGCACUAGCAAGCACUCCUCUUACUGUCAAUGAAAUGUGUGAGAGAUCUGGAGUGAAAGAGGAAUUGGGGUUGUAAAGCAUGGCAGUAACAGGAUUGGGUUCUGCUGGCAUGGCAUCCAUGCUGGCGGAUUGCCCAAGUAACAGGCUGUCCAGCUUUAGGUUUCGUUUCUCUUCUCCAUCUUAUGCUGUAGGUCAUUUGCAUUCCUUCUCUCCUUAUUGUAGAAUGCGCACCAGGAAAUCAAGUAGGAAGGUUUCACAGAAGCGUACAACAGUUGGCUUAGAUAGGCGAUCUGUGAACAAUGCAAAGCGUUUGGGCAAGAAAAAUAUCGAGCUUCCAAGUGCUUCAACAAAUGAGACAACAGAUGAGCCAGAGUUAGUUGCAUUAAAUGGUAGUGCAGAACUGUCCACAGGUCCCAAUGUUACAAAAAAGUCAAAUAUGGAGGAAAGGGAAGACAUGCGAUCUCUGGCGAAGAAUGAGAUUGAACUUCCAAGUGCUUUACCAAAUGAGAUAGCUAAUGAUACAGAGUUAGUUGCAUUGAAUUGUAGUGCAGAACCAUUUACAGGUGCCAUUGUACCAGCGCAGUCAAUUAUAGCGGAAAGCACAGACACACAAUCUUUGAAAAUGCAAGACAAUGAUAGCCAAGGCGGGCAUUCAGGUGUCCGCAUUGAGGAUUUGAUGACCAUGAUAAAGGAUGCAGAAAAGAAUAUUUUGCUUCUUAACAAAGCACGCAUCUCUUCUUUAGAAGAGCUUGAUCAGGCUCGUGCUGAGAAAGAUUCUUUACAAGGUGAAAUUAAUCUCUUAAAAUGCCGUCUGGCAGAAACAGAUGCAAGACUUAAACAAGCUACACAGGAAAAAAUAAAAAAUGAGUUUCUUGAGGGUGAACUUGAAAGACUGAAAAGGGAAAUUGCUGAAAGGGAAAGUAUUUGGAAGGGCACACAAGAUUUAAAGGUGCAUAACAAGGAUUUUCAAGAGCGCAGUGCGGUCUUGAAGUCGCAUAUUAGUAAUUCUUCUGCUACUGCUCACGAGCUUGAUGAGAUAAAGGCCGAAAAAAAGUUGCUAAAGGAAGAGGUAAACGUUCUGAAAUCAAAACUCUCAAACAUGGAAACAAAUAAUCAACAUGUUGCAGAGCUUGAGAAAGAGAGCUUGUCUGUUAAGCAUGCCAAUAAACAAUUAGAGUCCAGACUUGCUAUUGCUGAGGCAAAGACAAGUGAGCUUGCCAAUGUGAAGGCUGAGUGUCAGGUUCUAAGGAGAAGGGUUGAAGACUUACAAGCAGAAUUGAAGAAUUCUGUAAAGAGUAGGCUUUUGCAAGAUGAUGUUGUAGCCACAAGAAAAGCUCUUGAAGAGAAGAUUUGCAGACUAGAAGAAGCUUUGCAUCAAUCUGAACUGGAUAAAGAUUUAUUAGAACAUACACUGGAAGAAAACUCACUUUUACGAGAACAAGUUAAAAUUUUAGAGCAACGACUUAAUGAAUCAGACAAUGAUAUACGAUCUCAGCUUAAAAUAUAUCAACAAGAAGUAGAAACAUUUCAAAGGAGUCUUGAACUGUUGAAGAAAAAAAGCAAGAGACAAUCUUUAGAUGAACCUGUUCAAGAAUUGCCCUGGGAAUUUUGGAGCAAUCUACUCCUUUCUCUAGAUGGCUGGAUGCUUGAGAAGAAGAUAACUAUUGAGGAUGCAAAAAUAUUAAGGGAGAUGGCCUGGCGUAGGAGUUCACAACUUAAAGAUGUUUAUGUACAGUGCCAGAACAAGAAUGAGAAUGAUGUGAUUGCUAGCCUAAUGAAACUUACAAGAACAAGUACAAGGCCAGGGUUGCAUGUGGUUCAUAUUGCAGCGGAAAUGGCACCUAUUGCCAAGGUUGGGGGCCUUGGAGAUGUUGUAGCUGGCCUGGGAAAAGCAUUACAGAAAAAGGGACACCUUGUGGAAAUCAUACUGCCUAAGUAUGAUUGCAUGGAUUACAGUCGGAUUGGUAAAUUAAAGGUUCUUGACGUGCAGAUUGAUUCAUAUUUUGAUGGCCGCUUGUUCAAAAACAAAAUUUGGUCAGGGACUGUUGAAGGCCUUCCUGUGUAUUUCAUUGAGCCUCACCACCCAGCAAAGUUUUUCUGGCGAGGACAAAUCUAUGGAGAGGGUGAUGACUUCAGGCGUUUUACAUUCUUUUGUCGAGCGGCAUUGGAAUUUAUUCUUCAAUCUGGAAAGAAACCAGAAAUAAUUCACUGUCAUGAUUGGCAAACAGCAUUUGUUGCACCUCUGUAUUGGGACAUCUACGCUCCCCAAGGUCUUAAUUCAGCAAGAAUUGCAUUUACAUGUCAUAAUUUUGAGUAUCAGGGAACAGAGUCUGCUGCAGCUUUGGCAGCUUGUGGUCUUGAUGUUCAACAAUUGAACAGACCAGACAGAAUGCAGGAUAAUUUCAAGCAUGACAGAAUAAAUGCUGUUAAGGGUGGUAUUGUUUUUUCAAAUAUUGUAACAACCGUAUCGCCAACAUAUGCAGAAGAGGUUCGAGGCUCAGAGGGUGGCAAAGGCCUUCAGUCAACUUUAGCUGCUCAUUCAAAGAAAUUCAUUGGAAUUUUAAAUGGGAUUGACACAGAAGCAUGGGACCCCUCAACUGAUCCUCUUUUGGAUUUUCAGUACAGUGCUGAUGAUCUUAGUGGAAAGGCACAGAGUAAAGCUGCAUUACAAAAAAUUCUUGGAUUAGCUGCACCUCAUGCGAGGAUUCCACUAGUUGGAUGUAUCACUCGACUUGUUCCACAGAAAGGUGUUCACCUCAUUCGUCAUGCUAUAUACCAAACUUUGAAGUGUGGAGGGCAAUUUGUGCUUCUAGGUUCCAGCCCAGUUCCACAUAUUCAGCGGGAAUUUGAGGGCAUUGCAAACCAAUUCUGUGAACAUCCCUCUAUUCGUCUUGUUUUGAAGUACGAUGAAGGCCUUUCACAUCACAUCUUUGCUGCAUCAGAUCUGUUUAUCAUCCCAUCUAUAUUUGAGCCAUGUGGACUAACACAGAUGAUAGCUAUGAGGUAUGGCUCCAUACCAAUAGUAAGGAGGACAGGAGGUCUAAAUGACAGUGUUUUUGAUGUGGAUGAUGAGACAAUUCCUCUCCAAAUCCGGAAUGGAUUUACAUUCACUAAAGCUGAUGAACAGGGAAUAAAUAAUGCAUUGGAACGUUCAUUUACUUACUAUAAGCAAAAGCCAAAUUGGUGGAUUGACCUUGUUAAGAAAACUAUGAAUAUGGAUUUCAGUUGGGAUUCAUCUGCUGCCCAGUAUGAAGAACUGUAUGAAAAGGCUGUGGCAAGAGCAAAAUCUCAGCAAGUUCGCAUUCCCAUUGCCACGAGAUGAUCUGCAUGGAAUUCAAUGCCCUUGUGGAUAAAAUAAUUAAGAGAUUAAUCAUGUUAUCUUUUCGUCCUAUUGACUCCUGGUUAUUGGCCUGUUGUUCACCAAAAAAAUAUAAUUCUUUUAAAGUAAUGCAAAAAAGAGUAGUUUUAGCCUUGAGCCUGCCACCAAAAAUGUGGAGUCAUCAUCUUAGAUAAAGUAAAGAUUUGUCAAAUGUAAUUAUUACAAUUUUUUCUUGUAGGGAUAAAUAUUGGCCCAUAACAUGCUAGGUUUUCACUUGUAUCUUUAGCAUAUUUCAAGAAUAUGCCACAGAUAUGAACUCUGUAUAGUAUAUGAUUUAUCAAUACAUCAAUAUUUAUACACAUUGGCAACUCAAA